GGAUUAUAUCGUUGGUUUCCGCUUUAGCGUGUUGGACAACGUGCUUAGUUGGGAGGUGGUAGGUGCGUGAUUGCGAAGUAUUGUAGUGCAUGUGUUAGCCGGAUUCUUCAAUGGCUGGGAAUAAGUCUGCCGUAAUAAAUGCGGCGAAAAACCUUCUAGCUCUGAAUCCGAGUCAGGAAGUGGAAUUUAAGAAGAAGGUUCAGGAGGUGAAGAAAAGACCAAAAAAACGCGAAUCCCUGGUAUCAGGGGUGAUUUACGUUGGUCACCUACCAAGAGGCCUCUUUGAACCGCAGCUUAAAGGCUACUUUGAGCAGUUCGGGACAAUCACCAGGUUACGACUGUCCAGGAGCAAAAAGACAGGAGGAAGCAAAGGUUAUGCUUUUAUAGAGUUUGAAUGUGAUGAAGUGGCAAAGAUUGUUGCAGAAACUAUGAACAACUACCUUAUGGGGGAAAGACUCAUCAAAUGUGAGGUUGUCGCACCCGAGAAGGUCCACGCCCGGCUGUUUGUUGGGUCCCAGCGUAUGUUCCGUAAGCCACAACAGCCAGCCGUCAGACGCUAUAAUAAGAGGCACACGCCGGAGGAGGUGGAGCACAUGACCAGCCGCCUUCUGCACAAAGAGGCACAGCUGCGGAAGAGACUUGCAGCGAAGGGAAUUGACUACAACUUCCCGGGAUUUGCUUCCCAAGUGCAGGGAAAGAGGAGGAAGAUGACAGCAGAAGCCGACACGUCAGUCUGCAGUCAGGCUGAUACGCCAGUGUGCACGCCAUCUGUACUAGAGAAAAGGAAGUCCUUGAAAAUCGAUGAUGACGAGGAGGAUGACGAGGUCAUCAUUAAAGCCACACCUGCACCGAAAUCAAAGGGCAAGAAAAAGAUGUUGGAGAAAUCCUCAGGAGCAGCAAGUGACCAGGCUGAUGCUGGGAGUACACCUGCACCGGUGUCUAAAGGGAAAACAAAGAGGAAGAAGAGCAUAAAAGGGGACUAGGGGAGUCUGUGCUGUUUGGUGUGACUGUGGGAGUCUGUGCUGUUUGGUGUGACUGUGGGAGUCUGUGCUGUUUGGUGUGACUGUGGGAGUCUGUGCUGUUUGGUGUGACUGUGGGAGUCUGUGCUGUUGGUACAUUAAAAUGGAAAUGUAAUUUAUGUAUCUUGCUUGUCUCAUUUGUAUGUGACACCCCCUUCUCUGUAUAUAGAAUGAAAAUUAAAUCAUUGCCAUUUUCAAGUA